AUGUCUUCAUCGGUAUUUUUCAAAUUUAAAUCUCAACAGGAGAUGUCGAGAGUUACUUUCGACGGGACCGGAAUAUCGGUUUUUGAGCUUAAGCGGCAAAUCAUAACCAUUCAUCGACUAGGUGAUGGAACAGACUUUGAUUUAGCGAUUAAUCACCAAGAAACAGGGGAAGAAUAUGACGACGAUACUACUAUCAUACCACGUUCUACACCUAUCAUUGCCCGUCGUCUGCCUCCGUCUAAACCCGGACGCGGAACUGCGCAGCGAUAUGUUAGUGGAAAGAUGCCCAUGAAUGCACUUCCUAAUGCAGGUCGUCGGGAAAAGAACUUUGGGAAUGGGCCUACUGCCGUGAAAAAAGCGGAGCCAGUCUCAAAUAAUGAUAAAAUCGCUGCAAUGUUUCAGGCUUCGAGUGAGCAAUGGAAUAAAACCCAGGAGCAGAUGGCCAAUGCUACCCCAAUCCAUCGUGGAGGUGGAGGCCAGGGCGGCUUCAAGAAAAACAAUGCACCAGCUCCUGCUCACCCGCCACCCAAUGGAUACAUUUGUUAUCGUUGUGGCGAGAAAGGGCACUGGAUUCAGCAAUGUCCUACAAACGCUGAUCCAACUUUUGAUGGUCGUACCCGAAUCAAGCGUACGACCGGCAUCCCUCGCAGCUUUCUCAAAGCUGUUGAGAAGCCCCUUCCACCAUCCGCCGAUGAUGAAAGCACUACGCCUCAUGCUAACACUACCUCUGUCAUGGUGAAUGCUGAUGGAGAGUAUGUCGUUGCUCAGCCGGAUCAAGCGUCUUGGGAAUCCUAUCAGAAGAAAGCUGCAACGACUGCAAAGUCUUCCACACCUGUUGGAAAUAAGGAACUACAGGACAGAGGGAUUGAAUGUCUAAUGUGCCAUAAACUUAUUCGUGGUGCUUCCAAGACUCCUUGCUGUGGAAAAGUGUAUUGCGAGGAAUGUAUUCAGACUGCUUUGUUGGAAUCGGAUUUUAUUUGUCCGAAUUGUGAGGCCAAGGAGAUUCUCUUGGACUCCUUGGUGGUGGAUAACGAAACAAGGAGUAAGGUCGAGGAGUAUUUGAAGGGAAAGGAGAUCAAGGAUAGGGAGAAAUCAAUGAGUCCUUCUGUAACCCCCGGGCUUGCUGUAAAGGCCAGAGAUGGUCCGAAUUUGGCUACGAAUGGGAAAAGUCCGUUGUCUUCCACUGUUUCAUCUGUCAGUUCGUCAUCUACUUCUAGGAAAAGACCUGCCGAGGAUGACCUUGGACCCCAGGUCCCUCGCGGGCCUGCCGCUAUGAGAAACCCUCCCCAAUAUCAACAGCCUCCUAUUCAACACCAGCCUAUCCCUAGUAGUAUAUAUGGUGGCAAUGGUCAGAUGUUUAAUGUGCCACAGCAAGGGCCGCAGGCGCAACAACAGCCGUUUCACCAACAAUUUCCUCAACAGAACCAACAUCAGAAUACACCACCCCCGCAGCAACAGCAGCAACAUCAACAUCAUCAACACCAACACCAACAGAUCCAGCACCAACAGCAAGCACCGCAGCAGCAACAGCAGCAGCAAUACCACAAUGGGUAUAACCAGUACCAGCCCGGUAUGAACGGCAUGGAUAAUAUGAACGGCGGGAUGCAUGGUAUGGACGGUACCUAUUACCAUGCUAAUAACAGUAAUCAAUAUUUGCCGAAUGGCCCGAAUGGCAUGAUGGGCAUGAAUGGAAUGAACGGUAUGAACGGUAUGAACGGCGGGAUUGACGGUAUGGGCGUUGGGAACAUGAGGAUGGGCAUGAACGGAAUGAAUGGCAUGGGAGGAGGAUACAUGAAUCCCGGCAUGAAUCAAGGAGGUAUGGGUAUGGGUAUGGGUCCUGGUAUGGGCAUGAACGGGAUGGGCAGGGCGUUGAGCGGAGGUCCAAGACCGAUGGGCCCGAACGGAAACAACCAGAUCAUGAACCCAUAUAUGAUUCAGCAGUACCAACAGCAACAACAGGAGGCGGCACGGGUAGCCAAGUUUGGAUACUUUCCAAACCAGCAGAAAACUGUAUUCAGCGAGCCGUUUCCAAGCGAGGAGGACAGCCCAUACAUGAGGAAACCAGUAAACCCGCACCGACACCAAAGGCCGAAAAGAAUCCGGCCAAGUGACUUCAAAGCAUUGGGUGAAUAG